AUGCCUCUUCAAGACAUUCGAUUUGGUAGAAGAAGAUAUGAAAAUGAUGUUCAUCACUUUUGUAAUAUAUAUUUGCCUUCAGAAAACUAAUACUUCGAUAAAAGAAAUAAAAAAAAUAAUGAAUUUGCAAAAGGAGAUCUGAAACAGCAUAUGGCCUUUGGAAAUUAUCAAGAUUAAUCUAAGUAAAAGCUGGUUUUUGAUAAGGGCAACUUUGGUGAUAUUGACGGAGCAGUUCCUGGGAGUUUACAGAGUUAAGCAGUUCGAAACCAAGAGAUCGCUAGAAAGUUGCGAUCUGAAAGAGACAGACAAAAUAAAUCAUGCAAUCCUACUUAAAUUGAGGAGAAUACCAAAGAGGAGAGUUAAUUAUACUCAGGAAGAGAUCGAUCGCAUACAUUUUAGACAAAUUCUUGUCAAAGAAAUUCAGAUAAAUCACCUUAAUUGCCACCAAUCCCAGAGAGAAUUUCAGAUACGGUGGAUCAUAUAGCUAAUAAACUUCAAUUGCGAUAGCCUCGUAAAAGCUGUUAAUUCGAAGACUUCAGAUAAAAAAACAAAUAAGCAUUGUUAAGAUUAUAUGUUUGACUCCAUUAUUUUGUCAUUAAUUUUACAUUUAUUUAUGUU